CUGUGUUGUGGAAAGAAAUGAAGGGUUUGGUAUGGGCAACGGCAGAGGACUUAGCGAGAAACAGAGGACGUGUUCUUUCCCUGUAUCGCCAGAUACUGAGAAGCAUCAAUUCUCCGAAUCUGCCGCUGAACUUGGCAGCAAGACUCGCCAAGAAAGCAGAGGUGCGCGCCAUCUUCAUGUUGGCUUCCGAGGAGAGGUCACUGCAUAACAUUGAGGACCUCAUUGAUGCUGCCGACUACUCUCUCUCCCUCUUGAGGAAAGGAGAGAUACCCAAGUAUAUUCAAUGAGGGCCUUUUCUGUAGGUUCUGUUUCUCCUUUGGUAACUGCAAGAGUUGGAAUGCAGCGAAACACUUUUCUGUUCAUGGUGGUGCAUGAUUGACAAACUCAAAUCGGUCAUAGCUGUAGUCAAAUGCAAAAUGAGACCUGGUAUUUAAUGAUUUAGUAUUAUCAUUCAUCUUUGAUUGUUGCAUAUAUAUACAAUGAAUCCAUUAGUUUCUCUUAGUAGUCUUAUAUUCCUUCCCCCGGACUUGUACAAGUCAUAAUCUUUGCUAACGAUGAUCUACUUUGUCAAGAAAAUUGGUUUAUUCGAUUGAAUCGUUAUGUCAGAUCAAUUGAAUUUGUCAGUC